CUCGGCUGCGGGAGUAGGAAGCAGCUUUGCGCGCCCGGGCGGCCGAUGCGGGCACUUUGAAGAAUCACGUGUGUUGAGGCCCUCUUAAAGAGAUAGGCACCUACUUUUCCCUCCACCCUAAACACCGCCCUGAGGGCGGCGGCGACCGUGGUAAUUGCAACUGCUCAGGGGCAGGGCUUGCCCCAGCGCCGAGUAGUGGCAGCGGCGUGGUUGCGUCGGGGGUGCCUGGGAGCCUGGAGUCCCGGGGGCCUGAAAUCGGCAGCUUCCCGGGCAGACACUCUCUCCCUGAGGAAGAGGUGCCGCCGAGUCAGCGCGGGGCAGUGUGAGCGCCCCGAGGUGCUUUCUCAGUUGAGGAGAGGUGGGGUUACAGGGCACAGGUGACAGGGCCGGAGAAAGAUGGAGCAGCCCGGGGCGGCGGCGUCGGGAGCGGGAGGCGGCAGCGAGGAACCCGGUGGGGGCCGGAGCAACAAGCGGAGCGCGGGGAACCGGGCCGCCAAUGAAGAGGAAACGAAAAACAAACCCAAAUUGAACAUUCAAAUAAAAACUUUGGCAGAUGAUGUGCGUGACCGAAUUACAAGUUUUAGAAAAUCUACUGUCAAAAAAGAAAAACCUCUUAUUCAACAUCCUAUUGAUUCUCAAGUCGCGAUGAGUGAGUUUCCUGCAGCUCAGCCAUUAUAUGAUGAACGAUCUUUGAAUUUGUCAGAAAAGGAAGUAUUGGAUCUCUUUGAAAAAAUGAUGGAGGACAUGAACCUUAACGAAGAAAAAAAAGCUCCUUUACGAAACAAAGAUUUUACCACCAAACGUGAGAUGGUUGUCCAGUAUAUUUCUGCCACUGCCAAAUCUGGUGGGCUGAAAAACAGCAAACAUGAAUGCACCCUGUCUUCACAAGAAUAUGUUCACGAAUUACGAUCAGGUAUAUCAGAUGAGAAACUUCUUAAUUGCCUAGAAUCCCUCAGGGUUUCUUUAACCAGCAAUCCAGUCAGCUGGGUUAACAACUUUGGCCAUGAAGGUCUUGGACUCUUAUUGGAUGAGUUGGAAAAGCUUCUGGACAAAAAACAGCAAGAAAAUAUUGACAAGAAGAAUCAGUAUAAACUUAUUCAAUGCCUCAAAGCAUUUAUGAAUAAUAAGUUUGGAUUACAAAGGAUUCUAGGAGAUGAAAGAAGUCUUUUACUAUUGGCAAGAGCAAUUGACCCCAAACAACCCAACAUGAUGACUGAAAUAGUAAAAAUACUUUCUGCUAUUUGCAUUGUUGGAGAAGAGAACAUUCUAGAUAAACUUUUAGGGGCUAUAACAACAGCAGCAGAAAGAAAUAACAGGGAACGAUUUUCACCAAUUGUGGAAGGUUUAGAAAAUCAGGAAGCCUUGCAAUUACAGGUGGCCUGCAUGCAGUUUAUAAAUGCCCUUGUCACUUCUCCUUAUGAGCUUGAUUUUCGAAUACAUUUAAGGAAUGAAUUCCUCCGUUCAGGACUAAAAACAAUGUUACCAGAUCUAAAAGAAAAAGAGAAUGAUGAGCUUGAUAUUCAGUUGAAAGUAUUUGAUGAAAACAAAGAAGAUGACCUAACUGAAUUAUCACACCGUCUCAAUGACAUUCGAGCAGAAAUGGAUGAUAUGAAUGAAGUCUACCAUCUUCUAUAUAAUAUGCUGAAGGACACUGCUGCUGAAAAUUACUUCUUAUCUAUUCUACAACAUUUUUUGCUCAUCAGAAAUGAUUAUUAUAUCAGGCCACAAUAUUAUAAAAUAAUUGAGGAAUGUGUUUCACAGAUAGUGCUACACUGCAGUGGUAUGGAUCCAGACUUCAAGUAUAGGCAAAGAUUAGACAUCGAUUUCACUCAUCUGAUAGAUUCUUGUGUGAACAAGGCAAAAGUUGAAGAAAGUGAACAAAAAGCCGCAGAGUUUUCAAAGAAGUUUGACGAAGAAUUCACAGCUCGACAGGAAGCUCAAGCAGAGCUUCAAAAAAGAGAUGAGAAAAUCAAAGAACUUGAAGCAGAAAUCCAGCAACUUCGAACCCAGGCACAAGUACUCUCAGGUUCAUCAGGAAUUCCAGGUCCUCCUCCAGCACCUCCAUUGCCAGGUGUAGGGCCGCCUCCACCACCACCCGCACCACCUCUAUCCGAAGAAGGUCCUCCUCCUCCUCCUCCACCACCUCCUUUAUCUGGAAUGAUGGGGAUACCACCACCACCCCCACCACCACUUUUAUUUGGGGGACCUCCUCCACCACCACCCCUUGGAGGAGUUCCUCUUCCCCCAGGAAUAUCACUUAAUCUACCUUAUGGAAUGAAGCAGAAAAAAAUGUAUAAACCUGAAGUGUCCAUGAAGAGAAUCAAUUGGUCAAAGAUCGAACCCACAGAAUUAGCCGAGAACUGUUUCUGGUUAAAAGUCAAAGAAGACAAGUUUGAGGAUCCAGAUCUCUUUGCCAAAUUGGCAUUGAAUUUUGCUACUCAGAUAAAAGUUCAAAAGCAUGCAGAAGCAUUAGAAGAAAAGAAGACUGUGCCUACAAAGAAGAAAGUGAAAGAACUGAGAAUUUUGGAUCCCAAAACAGCUCAGAAUCUGUCCAUCUUUCUGGGAUCAUAUCGCAUGCCAUAUGAAGAGAUAAGAAACAUUAUUCUGGAGGUUAAUGAAGACAUGCUGAGUGAGGCUUUAAUUCAGAACCUUGUGAAACAUCUUCCUGAGCAGAAGAUACUCAACGAAUUAGCAGAGCUUAAGAAUGAAUAUGAUGACCUCUGUGAGCCUGAACAAUUUGGAGUUGUGAUGAGCUCCGUGAAAAUGUUACAGCCUCGUCUCAGUAGUAUCCUGUUCAAGCUCACAUUUGAAGAACACGUAAACAACAUCAAACCAAGCAUCAUAGCAGUAACUCUUGCCUGUGAAGAGCUGAAGAAAAGUGAAAGCUUUAACAGACUUUUAGAGUUAGUUCUUCUUGUUGGAAACUACAUGAACUCAGGCUCAAGAAAUGCCCAGUCUUUGGGAUUUAAGAUCAACUUCCUUUGUAAGAUCAGAGAUACUAAAUCAGCGGAUCAAAAAACAACCCUUUUACAUUUUAUUGCCGACAUUUGUGAGGAAAAAUAUCAAGAUAUCCUAAAAUUUCCUGAAGAACUGGAACACGUAGAGAGUGCAAGCAAAGUUUCAGCUCAAAUUCUCAAGAGCAACCUUGCAUCAAUGGAACAACAAAUUGAUCGUCUGGAACGUGACAUCAAGAAAUUCCCCCAAGCAGAAAAUCAACAUGAUAAGUUUGUGGAAAAGAUGACCAGCUUUACAAAGACUGCCAGAGAACAGUAUGAAAAACUCUCCACCAUGCACAGCAACAUGAUGAAGCUCUAUGAGAAUCUUGGAGAAUACUUCAUUUUUGACUCAAAGACAGUGAGCAUAGAAGAGUUCUUUGGUGAUCUCAAUAACUUCCGAACUUUGUUUUUGGAAGCAGUGAGAGAAAACAAUAAGAGAAGAGAAAUGGAAGAGAAGACCAGGAGGGCAAAACUUGCAAAAGAGAAAGCUGAACAAGAAAAGUUAGAACGCCAGAAGAAAAAGAAACAACUCAUUGAUAUAAACAAAGAGGGUGAUGAGACUGGUGUGAUGGAUAAUCUUCUAGAAGCCCUACAAUCAGGUGCAGCAUUCAGAGACCGUCGAAAGCGGAUUCCAAGGAAUCCAGAUAACAGACGAGUACCUUUGGAAAGGUCACGCUCUCGCCACAAUGGAGCUAUCUCAUCUAAGUGAUUCCUGAUGCCAAAGAAUAUGAAAAUAUUUAAGUAAACAAAAUGAUGCAUUUUGAGAAGAACAAAGUGUGCACUCAGCGGCUGGAAAGGAAAUAAGUGCAUUUCUGCAAAGAUCAAGAUAAGCUGGAUGAAGUAGUGUGCAUUUGUAAUACUAUUGCAAGACUCCUCCCACAAUUAUUCUAAUCUGAACACAGUUAUCAGGAUUACAAAAUGUGUUCCAUUUUAGUGUAAAGAUGUGUAUCAUUUGUAAUUGUGUGUGACCUGACUGUGAUGAUGGAAGUGUAAGAAAUUGAAGAGUUCUAAGGCUUUCAAAAACAUUCAGUCUGUCAAAAAUUUAAAAUCUUAAAUGUGUAAGUCACUCCCACCAAAAA